AUGUCUCUGGAAGGCUCCCAGAGAGUUUCCACUGGGACCAUGCUCACCCGGGUCUGCUUGGGGGCUUUCUCAGGCCCGCUGGUGGGCAGAACCACCACUUCCUACGGGGGUUCUGGGAAAAGCGGUGGCCUGAGGGUGAUGUGUCGCCCGGGGUGGAGUCUGCUUGUCACCCACGGAAGAUGCGAUUGCCAGGUGAAGGCAACCCUGACUCCUGGAGGUUGGCGCCCUGAAGUUCAUGUGGCAGCCAGUAGAACAGAUAAACCGUGCUCCGCUGGGCAGCUCAGUUGCAUCACUGGAGAGCCUUCUCCUGGCUCAGGAGUCUCACUCCCCAGAUGGCUUGGCUCUCGGGCCCCACCUACUUCAGGAGUUGAAGAUAUGACUUUGAAUGUGGCAAAAAGAAAGGCCAAGUGCAUGGUGCUGUCUGAUCUGGGCUUGUGUGCUCCCACAGAGCCAGAAGUGGCCCGGCUGGAGCCUGGUAUGUUUCUUUUUGUAGCUCGAAAUGCCAAAGACUGUAUGGUUUCUUACUACUAUUUCCAAAGGAUGAAUCAAGUACUAUCUGACCCUGGCACCUGGGAAGAGUAUUUUGAAGCCUUCAUUGAUGGAAAAAGGUGUUGGGGUUCCUGUUUUGACCAUGUGAAAGGAUGGUGGGAGAAAGACAGAUAUCAGGUUCUCUUCCUCUUCUAUGAGGACAUAAAAAAGGACCCAAAACAUGAAAUUAAGAAGGUGGCACAGUUCAUAGGAAAGAACUUGGAUGAAACUGUGCUGGAUAAAAUUGUCCAGGAGACAUCAUUUGAGAAAAUGAAGGAAAAUCCCAUGACAAAUCGUUCUACAGUUCCCAAAACUAUCCUGGACCAGUCCAUCUCCCCCUUCAUGAGAAAAGGAACUGUGAGGGAUUGGAAAAACCACUUCACAGUGGCCCAGAAUGAAAAUUUUGAUGAAAUCUAUAGGAAGAAGAUGGAAGGAAUUACCAUAAACUUCUGCCUGGAACUCUGA